UGUUUAACAUUUUUUUAUUCUAAAUUGUAAUGUUGCUAUGCGAACUUCCAUCGAAGUAGAAAGCUGGGGAGUGCUGCAGACGUGCCCUACUACCUAAUGACUUUCCUUUCACGCGCUUGAUAUAGCGUGGUGGUUGCAGUAAAUUGCAACUAUUCAAGUACUCGCUCCGGCUCUCUCGCUAAAAUGAGGAAAACCCAUUUUUUCACCGGUCGUUUGCUUCAGUUCGGUGCCCUAUUUCACACCCGCGCUCAUACUGUUAGAAGUCACCAAAAUGCAGUUUUGUUGCCGAGAAGAAACCUUAGCUGUUGUAUUAUCACGGUCGGCGAAGUAUGCUUCUUCGGGUAUGCUUUUGUGAAUCAAUCUUCAAGAACUUGGCUUGGAGCAAAGGUGGAAGUGUUGUGUCAAUUCAAUAAGAAGCCUAGAAUUGUGUAGGUACAUUUGGCAAUUAUAGUAGCCACGACUUGUUCUUCAUCUAUGGCACCUGAUCCCAGAGUUUUGAAGGCUUUCAAGGCUAUGAAGGCCAUUGGAAUUAGUGAAAAUAAAGCCAAACCUGUAUUGAAGAAACUGCUGAAACUGUAUGAGAGAAAUUGGGAACUCAUUGAAGAAGAAAAUUAUAGAGCUCUUGCUGAUGCUAUUUUUGAGGAGGAGGAUGCUAUGGUUUCCGAACAGAAGAAAACUAAAAUUGUGGAUCAAGAAGAAAAUUUUGAGGAUGAACCACUUGCUGAUGUUGAGCCUCUACGCCCCUUAAAGCGCUUGCGCAGAGGCCAGGAAGUGCCGGCCACACCUUCUGUCAGCAACUCCAGUCCAGUGUCAGGUGGAGUUUUAUUAAAAAGGCCAAAAUUGGAAGAGGGUGAACUACCUUCUACUUCUAUGCAACAGCAGUCUCAAGAGAAGAUAAAGGCAAUACAACCCAGUACUGGCAGUGUAAAGACUGACACAUUAGGUCUUACUUACAAAGGAAAGGAACCUCUCUUGCCUAUGGUUGCUUCUGCAGGGAACAGAUGUAUUUCUGAGCAAGCAUCUCAUGGAGUGAACAUUAGAGAUCCUGCAGUUGAAGGAAAUGUUCUUUCACCUAAGAAGGUGUCCAAUUGUCAACCAUUGAUCAAGCCAAAAGAUGAGCCCUUUACUGAUGACACACCACAGUAUGAGUUCCCGAUUGCUAUGAUCCAUCCAGAUUCAUUAGACUUAAGAAAUUCAUCUGAUGGGAAUGUUUCAAUGUGUGAGCCAGUUGGGCAGGAGCUUCAUCCAUCCCAACAUGUUGGGGGAGAAUCUAGAAGUAGUGAGGAUCUACCUUCAUUGACCGAGAGGAGAUCCAAUUGUCAGCUUGCAAAUGUUCCUGAAGGAUCUCACCCUUCCUUAGAGAUAUCAUCUACGACCAUGGGAGAGGUGAAGAUUUCUUUGAGCUGCAAUCCUGCUGUUGGAAGUCCAAAUUUUCAUAUGCCAACCCUAGAUGAACUAAGAGAAUUGAUGGAACUGAGGUGUCUUCGAUCAUAUAAGAUCAUUGACCCAAGUUUUUCUUUCAUGAAUCUGAUGAAAGAUGUGUGUGAGUGCUUCUUGGAAUUGGCCACUAAUUCAUCUCAUGAAUCGCAGGGAAAGGUAACUGUGAUGCAACCUCUUGAUCAAUUGAGGAAGUCUACUGCUGGGGAUGCUCUUCUUUUUGGGGGUAGCAAAGAAAAUAUGUACAUAUCAUCUUCUAUGAAUGGUGCAGCUGAAAGAGAUAAAAAACAAGAACUAAAGGACUCUGCAUUUUCUAAUUCAUCUAGUUUGGUUGUAGUUCCGCAGUGUCAAUUAAAUGCUGAUGAAUUAAGGAUUUUACAUGAUGUCAAAGACAUAGCUAAAGGGGAAGAAGGAGUUGCAAUUCCUUGGAUUAAUGAAAUAAACAAUGAGUGUCUACCCCCGUUCCACUACAUAUCCCAUAAUUUGAUAUUCCAAAAUGCUCGUGUGAAUGUGUCUCUUUAUCGGAUUGGUGAUGAGAACUGUUGUUCUUCUUGUUUUGGUGAUUGUCUAUCAUCAGCAGUAGCUUGUGCUUGCACCUACCAAAGUGAGAAUUUUGUAUACACAUCAGAAGGCCUUCUUAAGGAGGAGUUCUUAGAUGAGUGGAUCUCGAUGACCCGUGAUCCUCAACAACAGUGCCUAUUGACUUGUGGAUAUUGCCCACUUGAAAGAUCAAGAAAUGAGAGUAUUAUAGAACCAUGUAAGGGUCACUUGAAGAGAAAUAUUAUAAAGGAAUGUUGGAGCAAAUGUGGCUGUUACAGACAGUGUGGCAAUCGUGUGGUGCAGCGCGGCAUAAAUUGUAAACUGCAGGUGUUUUUUACACCUAAUGGAAAGGGAUGGGGGCUUAGAACUCUAGAGAAGCUUCCAAAAGGUGCUUUUGUAUGUGAGUUUGUUGGAGAAAUCAUAACCAUUACAGAGUUGUACGAGAGGAACUCGCAGAGCCAUAACUGUCCAGUUCUACUAGAUGCAUAUUGGGCUUCAGGAGGAGUUCCAAAAGAUGAAGAAGCUCUUUGUUUGGAUGCCACAUGCUAUGGAAAUGUUGCCAGGUUCUUAAAUCAUAGAUGCUUUGAUGCAAACUUGAUUGAGAUUCCAGUUGAAAUUGAGAGUCCUGAGCAUCAUUACUAUCAUCUUGCAUUUUUCACAACAAGAGACGUGGAUGCGUUUGAAGAGUUAACAUGGGAUUAUGGUAUUGAUUUUGAUGAUCAUGAUCAUCUUGCCAAUGCAUUCCGGUGUCGUUGUGGCAGUAAGUUCUGCAGGAACAUGAAACGCUCAUAUAUUCUGUUUUGUACUGCAGGAUCCAAAUCUAUGCUGAAUACAAGAUGAACCAACCUGUGAGGCAUUCAAUUAUAUAUUAGUAUCUCCCUUGAUGAAGGAAACAGAUGAAAUGGAUUUUAGUUUGGCACUGGGAGUAGUUCUUUUCAAAAUGGCUUUUGUUGUAUUAGGGUUUAGUAAAUAUGUUGAAAAUUUGUCCCAGAUAGUUGCGAUUUUGAUACGCAGGUAUUUCUUACUGAAAAAUAGCCUGGGGCAAAACUUUGACAGCAGUAAUUUGGUAAAACUAAGCGUUUCUCAGCUUCUGUUUUACUGCUCUGUGGCACCAGAAUUUGUAGAUUGGUAGCCAGUAAAAUAUAUACUGUUGAAGGGUUGUGGUGGGUGAUAUACCCCCCUUGUUCAGACUCCAAUGCCAUCUCAAAGGAGUUGUAUAAGAGUUCGAGAUAACUUCUUUUUGGGGAUAUUAAAUUAGUCCUUUAAAUGUA